AUGUCCUCUCUUCGUCGCCGCCUCGCCGGCGACGCGUCCGCCUCCUCCUCUGAGCCGUCGCGCGAGCCGACUCCCGACCCGACCCAGGACACCCAGUACCGCGUCGUGCCGGCCGAGAAGCUGCACCAGCUCUCUGUCGCCCGCGAGAAGGCCGCCAAGAACGCCCGCGGCAGCAAGAGAUGGAAUCUGUUCGUCCUGGGCCUGGGCGGCGUCAUCGGCAUCGUCGGCGCCGGCUGGUUCGCCCAGAACAACGACAUGAUUGACCUGCCCGCCAUCGCCGACAUCAAUCUCGAGUCCAUUGCCGACAUGCUUCCCGCCGGCCUGCUGCAGGAUGCACGGGACUUGCAAAGACAUGAGCGCGAAGCCGUUGCCUACGACUCUUUCGCCGUUGGUCUGCACGCCCGCUCCCAGGGCAUCGAAGCCACCCACCCCGUCAUCAUGAUCCCCGGUGUCAUCUCGACCGGCCUGGAGAGCUGGAGCACCGUCGAGGACUCGCGCCAGUACUUUCGCAAGCGCCUGUGGGGCAGCUGGAGCAUGAUGCGUGCCCUGGUCAUGGACAAGGCUGGUUGGAAGAAGCACAUCAUGCUGGACAAGGACUCCGGUCUGGAUCCUCCGGGGGGGAUCAAGCUACGUGCUGCCCAGGGCUUCGAUGCUACCGACUUUUUCAUUACCGGUUACUGGAUCUGGAACAAAAUCCUCGAGAACCUGGCUACCAUCGGCUAUGAUCCCACAAACGCUUUCACAGCCGCCUAUGACUGGCGCCUCUCGUACGGUAAUUUCGAGGUCCGCGACCAGUACUUCACCCGGCUGAAGACACAUAUCGAGACCGCUGUCCGCAUCUCCAACAAGAAGGUUGUGCUGCUAUCUCACAGCAUGGGCUCCCAGGUCCUCUACUACUUCCUGCACUGGGUUGAGACUGAGGGCUACGGGAAUGGCGGCCCUGGUUGGGUUGAUGCCUUUAUCGACUCCUGGAUCAACAUCAGUGGCUGCAUGCUCGGCACUCCCAAGGGCAUGCCCGCUGUUCUGUCUGGCGAGAUGAAGGACACAGCACAACUUAACGCCUUUGCAGUCUACGGCCUCGAGAAGUUCCUAAGUCGCGCUGAGCGUGCUGAAAUCUUCCGGGCCAUGCCCGGCAUCAGCAGCAUGCUGCCAAUGGGUGGCGAUGCGGUGUGGGGCAAUCUCACUUGGGCUCCUGACGAUACUCCGGACCAAAAACAUAGCUACGGGGCAUUCAUGAAGUUCAGAAAUAACAACUCGUCUGCUACAGCGCGCAACCUAACCGUUUCGCAAGCUCUCCCUUAUCUUUUUGGCCAGAGCGACGAGUGGUAUAGCACUCAGAUACUGAGUAGCUACUCGUACGGCCUGGCACAGUCUCGAGAGGAGGUGGAGGCCAAUCAAAUCAUCCCCUCCAAGUGGGUGAACCCCCUUGAGACACGCCUACCGCUCGCUCCAAACCUGAAGAUCUACUGUUUCUAUGGCGUGGGAAAACCCACCGAGCGAGCCUACUUCUAUCAGGCCGACACGGACCCCCUCUCCGCCAUCAACGUGACGAUUGAUACCACUUACAGUGAGAACGAGGCCGAUCGUGGUGUCGUCAUGGGCGAGGGGGAUGGCACUGUCAGCAUUCUCAGCUCCGGCUACAUGUGCACCAAGGGGUGGAAAAUGAAGAGGUACAACCCUGCCGGCGUCAAGGUGACGACGUACGAGAUGCCCCAUGAACCCGACCGGUUCUCACCUCGCGGCGGCCCCAACACUGGCGACCAUGUUGACAUUCUCGGCCGGGCGUCUCUCAAUGACCUCAUCUUGAAAGUUGUCGGUGGGAAGGGCGGUGAUAUUGAAGAAAACAUAGUGUCCAAUAUUUUGGACUAUUCCGACAAGGUCCGGAUCUGGGACGACGAAGACUAA